AUGCCUGCGGCUACGUUUAUUUUGCGACUAGGGUUCUUUUUUAAAUCUGAUUCCCUACUGAUAUCAGCAAGUGCUAACAAUGAUCUGCGCCAUCGUCUAGGACAGAUCACAGGCAUGCCUGAAGACACCGUUGCUCGCACAACGGGCACUGCCACACCAGCAGCACUAAUGGAACGCGAGGAGACACAGGAGGUGUCAGCAUCAACGAAGAGCAAAACUGACCUUCUCAGGAGCCGAGAGGAGGAGAGGCUGCACCAGCAACUCCUGCUAUGCCGUGAAACACUGCUGCAGCUGCUGCAGCAAAGCGCAGCAACAGCAGCAGCAGGCGCUGCUGUUGCUGCAGCGAUCCCUGGCAGUGGCUGCCCCCAGAAGGACAACCGGGUGUUAAUAUUCAACCGAACCACAGCAGAGGCUUGGAAUAAUUUGUUGCAGGGUCUCCGAAAUAUUCUACACAACACACUGUUACAGUCGAAGCAAGCCCCACUGUCGGAAACUGCAGCUGUUGCAGUAGAAGAGCUGCUGCAGGAUGUAGACACCGCCUUGCGCUACAGCCGCCGCCGGAAAGGGGAACUGAAGAGUGAGCUGCAAGAGUGGCGACAGCAGAACGAAGGGUAUACUGUACAAGGCCAUCAGAGUUGGUCACAGUACCAGCGCAUGCAACAGCAACGCCAACAGAAACAGCAGCUGCACUUCGUGCAAAAAGAAAUCAAGGCUUUAAGAGACCACCUAAAACGAUGGCAGCAUCCCAAAAAUAUCGAUGCCGAGAUAAAUGCAGAAAUGUCACUCUCUGCCAGUGCAACAAACGAAGCAUCGGCAGCAGCAGCCACGAUGGCAACCAUGAAUGCAGUACACCCCCACCAAAGUAACGAAGAAGAGUCCGACUUCUCCAGCAACAGUCUCAGCAGGAACAAAGACAGCUCCAGUGGCAGUGAUACCUGUAGCAGCGGCAGUAAAUACAGCACUGGCAGAAGUAGCAAGAGCAGCAAAAGCAGCAGUAGGGACAGUAGCAAUUGUAGCAGCUCAAACAGCAGCAAGACAAGCAGUGGCAGCAGCAACGGAAGCAGCAGUGAAAGCAGUAGCAGCAGGAGCGGCAGCGAGAGCGACAGCCACGCAGCAGCUGAACCUCCCGCAGCCAAAGCACCGGCAGCUGCGUCAGCACGUAGCUUGCCUCCAACGCCGCACGUACAUGAAUAA